GAACUAUUUCUUUAUAUCCUCUUCUGUUUUGAAAUGCGUCCCAUGUGUCAGUAAACUUCCGGUUGCAGGCGCACCAUCACCUCAAGGACAGUUCCGAUUUUCUUUUUCUUUUUCCCCAAGCAGUUUUCAAGUUUUUACACAGGUCCCAGAAUGCGACGUCUCCUGCUGAUACCCACACUGCUGCUCCUCCUGGCCCUUCCUGCCUCCAGAGGACGUUACAAUGAUGACUUUGAUGAUGGGGAGGACCUUGCAGACUUUGACGACAAUGAUUUUGCUGAGUUUGAAGACAUGAAUGACGAUUUAACAGCUGAGGCAGAAACUGCACCCCCACCACGUGCCUCACCAUCCUCCCAACCUGAAGAGGAUGAAGAUGAAGAUGAAGCCACUGUGGAACUAGAAGAUGGCCAAGAUGGUUUUGAGGACUCUGAGACACAAGAUCAAGACUUAUACAGCAAAUAUGAUCAAGAGGAGUUUGAGGGGAUCGGUGAUAUGGAGAAGACCGGCCCCUCCAUGAAGGACCCACUUAUAAUCCACACGGUUCCUGCGCAUCUUCAGAACAGUUGGGAAAGCUACUAUAUGGAGAUCCUCAUGGUGACUGGCCUAUUGGCCUACAUCAUGAACUACAUCAUAGGCAAGAACAAAAAUGGUCGCCUGGCUCAGGCCUGGUUUAACUCUCACAGAGAGCUUCUAGAGAGCAAUUUUGCACUUGUGGGUGAUGAUGGCACCAGCAAAGAAGCCGUGAGCACUGGGAAGCUGAAUCAGGAAAAUGAACACAUCUACAACCUGUGGUGCUCUGGACGUGUGUGCUGUGAAGGCAUGCUGAUUCAACUCAAGUUUCUGAAGAGGCAAGACCUGCUCAAUGUUCUGGCCAGGAUGAUGAGGCCUGCCUGUGACCAAGUGCAAAUCAAAGUGACUCUUAAUGAUGAGGACAUGGAUACUUUUGUGUUUGCUCUGGGUACCAAGAAAGCCAUGGCUCGGCUGCAGAAGGAGAUGCAGGACUUGAGUGAGUUCUGCGGGGAUAAGCCAAAGUCUGGAGCCAAGUAUGGACUUCCAGACUCCCUGGCAAUUCUUAGUGAGAUGGGUGAAGUCACAGAUGGCGUGAUGGACAAUAAGAUGGUACAUUAUAUUACCAAUCAUGCUGAAAAAAUUGAGACCAUCCAUUUCUCGGACCAAUUUUCUGGUCCAAAAGUUAUGCAAGAGGAAGGCCAGCCGUUAAAGCUGCCUGAUACCAAGAAGACACUGCUGUUUACAUUUAAUGUGCCUGGUAUGGGCAACACAUCUCCCAAAGACAUGGAUUCUCUGCUUCCUCUCAUGAACAUGGUGAUCUAUAGCAUCGAUAAAGUCAAGAAGCUCCGUCUCAACAGAGAGGGCAAACAGAAAGCUGACAGAAACCGGGCCCGUGUGGAGGAGAACUUCCUGAAGCAGACUCACGCUCAGCGCCAGGAGGCCGCCCAGACAAGACGGGAAGAGAAGAAGAGAGCUGAGAAGGAGAGGAUCAUGAAUGAAGAGGAUCCUGACAGACAACGCCGUCUGGAGGAAGCAGCGCAGCGGCGUGAGCAGAAAAAGAUUGAGAAAAAGCAGAUGAAGAUGAAGCAGAUCAAAGUGAAAGCCAUGUGAAAGACGACCAUGCGGAAAGCACACGUGCAAGCAGCGCUCACAACAGUCCACAGCUCUCGUUCAGUCGCCAAGCAGCUCCGAGUAGACAUCCUGUGUCUCUGAGUGCGUCAGGCUUAGUUGUUUCUAUCACUGUCUGCUCCAUUUGAUGCAGCUAAACCUUAAUGAUUGCAAGUGAACUGCCAGUGUCAAAUGAGAAGGUCUUUUCAGCAUCAAAUCUGUCGCCACUUUUCACUCCAGUAUCGCUAUUCACGCCAGGAUUUGUCUUCAAUUUUAAUCAAGUCAGCAACAUGCAUAGCUUGGUGAGCUUCAUAACCAUGAUUUGCUGGAGAGAAAUACACUAUAUGGUGGCACUCUGCCACGUUUUGAAAGGACUUGAGCAUUACUGUUGCUUUAUUUAAACGGUCUUGACAUUAAUAUAAUCUCUAAAUGAAACUAUCAUGGAAAUUUUUAAUUUAUAGGUGCUAUGAAAUUUGUUUCUUGCACCCUGUUUCUAAUGAUAAUGUAGGUAAACAAUAAAAUGCACUAGAGUGUGUUGGAAAAUGGUCUC